AAAUAGCUGAACUUUUAGCACGUGUUAAGGUUAAAUUGACAAUAAUUGCGAUUAUUUAAAAACAAAACGUUAUGACUGUUUUUCACGACGAAGUCGAAAUAGAAGACUUUGAUUACGACGAAGAGGAAGAAAUUUAUUACUACCCUUGUCCUUGCGGAGACCGAUUUCAAAUCUCGAAGGUAAAAAGUGAGGUUAAUGUUUUGAUUAUUCGUGGUGUUAUUUUAGGAAGAACUUUUAGCUGGCGAAGAAAUUGCGACCUGCCCUAGUUGUUCUUUGGUAAUUAAAGUUAUUUACGACCUGGAUUCUUUUGAAAAAGAACAGGGUGAAGUUACAGGUUUAACUGAUGAUUUAAAGAAAUUAGAAAUAGCACAAUGAGUCGUGGGAGAGGUGCAAGAGGCGGCGGACGCGGUGGAGUCACCAAAUCCUUCAAUCGAGAGCAGUUAAAUGCACUCGGGGUGGGCGGUAACGAUAUGUUACCAGGGCUUGUCACCCAGCCCCCUCCUUUGUUUCCCUUAUUGGAUAAAAGACCUGUUCCAAUACAUAUAUCACUCGAAUUGGAUUACCUGUUGAUAUUGAAACAGGACUUCAUAGACCAUAUGCAAUUAUCAGGUUCAUAUUUGAAACUGCCCGAGACAAAAUCGAAUGAAUCUGAAAUAGUACCCCAAGUACCUAAAGAGAAGUAUGAUUGGUCUUUGUUUCCCUCCGAGUUAAGGCCAAAAAUGAUGGCUAGAAGAGCCAAAAAGGUUGUUGUGAAAGAUGUGGAUGUAAAUAAUAGGUUAAAAUUGCUGGAAACAUUGGAAGAAAAACAGAGUGCCGACACAACAAUUAAGCAAGAGAAAGAAAGUGAGGAUGUUGAUGAAACUGAAAUUGUUGAGGAAGAUCAAGAUGAAGAAAUGGAUGAUGGUACCGAUUAUGCCAAUAAUUACUUUGAUAAUGGGGAAGAUUACGAAGAGGAAGAUGAUAACCUAGAUGAUGGACCUAUUUAUUGAGAUAUUAAUAAUUUAUUAAUUGUAUACAUGAUAACUUUUUAUCUGUUUUUAUGUUUUAGUUAAAAAU